UAUAACUGAAGUUUUGAACGGAAAUAGUGCUAGGUGCUAUGAAUCCUUUAGGAUGGUGCCACGUGUGUUCAAAAGUCUAUGUGAGACACUGAAGGGCUUGGAAAUGUUAAAAGAUACAAGACAUGUUCAAGUGGAGGAACAAUUAGCAAUGAGUCUCUUAGUUCUCACGCAUAGAUUAACACACCGUGUGAUUUCUAAGCGGUUUCAACAUUCUACUAGAACGGUACAUAAUUGUGCGAAGCGUGUGGUACGUGCACUUGUACGGUUGGGGCGCGAAAUAAUAAAGCCAGUUAAUAGAGGACCAGUGCAACCAGAAAUAUUGGGAAAUCCAAAAUGGUAUCCAUAUUUUGAGAAAUGUCUACGUGCUAUAGACGGAACGCAUGUGGCAGCUUGGGCACCUACAUCAAGGCAAACUACAUUUCGAGGUAGAAAAGGAGGAAUGGUGACUCAAAAUGUCAUGGCGGUUUGCUCGCAUGACAUGAUGUUUACAUUCGUAUUUGCGGGUUGGGAAGGAAGUGCAAAUGAUUCUCGCAUAUUCUUAGAUGCACUUUCAAAGCCUGAAAUUGGGUUUCCCCUGCCACCCGAAGGUCAUUACUACGUUGUUGAUGCUGGUUACCCAAAUGUACCUGGUUUUUUGGCACCAUACCGUGGGGAAGCCUAUCACUUGAAUGAGUUUCGUGGCCAAGGACAAAUACGAAAUAAGCAAGCUCUAUUUAAUUAUCGACACUCAUCAUUGCGGAAUGUGAUUGAGAGAUGCUUUGGACUUUUAAAGGCGAGAUUUCCAAUUCUAAAGUCCAUUAACGCUUACCCAUUGGUUAGACAAAGCCAAAUCCCUAUUGCAUGUUGUGCAUUACACAAUUUCAUACGAUUGAAAGAUAUGGAUGAUCAAUUAGCUAGCAUGUACGGCAUGCAAGAUAUGAUUUUGGAUGAUGAUGGUGGAAGCACUAGUGGAGUUGGAAAUGAUGGUGGAAGCACUAGUGGACUUGGAAAUGAUACCGUACAAUUAGAUAUGAGUCAACAACAUCAAAUGCUACAAGUGCGUGAAGACAUUGCGAAUGCAAUAUGGGCAAAUUAUAAUAAUUGAUGAUGUACUCCAUUUUAUUUGUAAUGUUUUGUAAUAACAUUUUAUCAUGACAUAACUUAGUCUUAAUUAAUUGCU